AGUCAAUUUUGAUAUGAUACCAAAAACUUUUGGGAGUCAGGUUUUUUUCUGUACAAAAGCCCUGAGACGUCCGCUUUUGGUUAUUAAAGUCUUUGUCUUUCAUUCACCCCAUUGUAUAGAACAUGACCAAUCCUUCACCAAUGCUGGACACUCUAGACAUCGUCUUCCUAGGAACCAUUGGUUUGGGCACCGUAGCAUGGUUUGCCAGGAAGCAAUUGUUCGGUCGCUUCAGCGGAGCCUCCGACAGCAAAUCUGCGGCCAGUACGGCCACUAAGACCGCACCCCCUAUCAAGCGCAAGGAACGCAACUUCGUCAAGGUGAUGCAAGACCAGGGCCGAAGAGUCAUCUUCUUUUACGGAUCUCAAACUGGUACUGCCGAAGACUAUGCCGCUCGUAUGGCUAAAGAAUGCUCACAGAAUUAUGGCAUCAGUGCUAUGACCGCCGAUAUCGAGGAUUACGAUUUGACCUACCUGGAUACUUUGCCUGAGGAUUGCCUUGCUUUCUUUGUCUUGGCUACCUACGGUGAAGGAGAGCCUACGGAUAAUGCUGUAGAAUUCUGGGAUCAUUUGACCGGCGAUGAUGUUGUCUUUUCUGAAGGAGACGAAGACGAAAAGCCCUUGAAAAACCUUCGUUACGUUGUGUUUGGUCUCGGUAACAAGACCUACGAACAUUACAACGCUGUUGCUCGCCAAGUUGAUCAGAAACUGACUGCCUUGGGAGCUACCCGUAUUGGCGAGCGUGGCGAAGGUGACGAUGAUGGCAGCUUGGAAGAAGAUUUCCUUGCUUGGCAAGAAAAUAUGUGGCCUGCUUUUUGUGAAGCUCUUGGAGUGGACGAAUCCAAUGUCGACAAGGAGCGAACGGCUGUGUUUAGCGUUGAAGAAUUGGAAACUGUUGAUGAAGAAUCUGUUUAUCAUGGCGAGCUUGGCGAUAAGAACCAACGCCACUUUGAUGCCAAAAAGCCAUAUCCUGCAAAGGUUACUAUGCACGAUCUGUUUAGCAACUCGGAUAGACAUUGUCUGCAUGUAGAUAUCGAUAUUUCUGAAUCUGGAUUCAAGUAUUUGACUGGAGAUCACGUUGCUAUUUGGCCAACCAAUUCCGAAGUUGAGGUCCAGCGACUUGCAGGUGUUUUGGGUAUGGCAGAUAAGCUUGACACUAUCGUGAUGGUGAAGGCUCUUGAUGAUACUGCUUCCAAGAAGUAUCCUUUCCCUGUCCCCAGUAGCUACCGAUCUAUCUUCCGCCAUUAUUUGGAUAUCAAUGUUGCACCAACCCGACCAUUGCUUGCCGGUCUUGCGCAAUUUGCUCCAUCCGAGCAAGGCAAGGCUUUCCUUGAACGCUUGUCCAAAGAUAAGGAAGAAUACAAGCACGUUGUUGCUGAUGCAUGCCGAAAUUUAGCUGAGGUUCUCCAAUUAGCGGAUGGCCAAACUGGAGCAUUCUCAUCCAUUCCCUUUGAUUAUAUCGUGGAGGGCAUUUCUCGAUUGCAGCCAAGAUACUAUUCUAUCUCAUCUUCUGCCAUGGAAAGCCCUAGUGUGAUUAGUGCCACCGCUGUCACCUUGUCCUAUAAUCCCACUACCACCCCUGAUCGAACAGUUUGGGGUGUCGGUACCAACUACUUGUGGGCCCUCCAUCAAGCUACUUACAAGGACUCCGACAAGGGUGUCUAUCAUCCUGAAUACCAUGUUAAAGGACCCCGUGAUGCCUACUUUACAGACGAUGUGCCCAGGGUUCCGAUCCAUGUCCGCAAAUCUAACUUUAAGCUUCCUCGCAAUCCUUCCGUUCCUGUCAUCAUGGUUGGGCCAGGUACCGGAGUUGCUCCUUUCCGUGGGUUUGUCCACGAGCGAGCAUUCCAAAAAGGUCACGGAAAGCCAGUUGGAACCACUCUAUUGUUCUACGGUUGCCGUCGAUCUGAUGAAGACUUUUUGUAUCGAGACGAAUGGCCUGGCCUUUUUGAAACCCUGGGUGGUGAAUCCCGUAUCAUCACAGCAUUUUCCCGUGAAGGUGCGGAGAAAGUGUAUGUGCAGCAUCGAUUACGCGAAAAUGCCCAACAAGUGUGGGAUUUGAUUGAUAAACAAGGCGCCUACAUUUACGUUUGCGGUGAUGCCAAACAUAUGGCCAAGGAUGUCCAAUCUUCCUUCAUUGAAUUUGCUCAAACCUAUGGUGGUAAGGACGCUGACCAAGCUGAACAAUAUGUCAAAUCGCUUCGAAGCAAGGGCAGAUAUCAAGAAGAUGUCUGGUCAUAGAUUAUAUUUUUUUUCCCAUAUACUUUUUAGAUUACUCUCUUAACUUUCUUAUUU